UCACAUAUAUAUAUAUAUUUUGAAUUAUUUCAAUCGCUGUGUUUUUGUGUCUCCUCCUCUUAAAAAAAUAAAAUGGCGAUACAACUUACAGGAUUGCAAACAAGUCACGGCAGAGUCACGGUUGAUAUUACAAAUUAGUGUUAAUCGGUCUUAAAUAGAAGGUGGAAGGUUAAAAUCUGUGAUAUUUAUAUAUCAUAAUUCAGAAUUGUGAUUAACAAUUUACUCCUGAGACUCCUAAGCCUUGAGAUAUGGUGAAACUGAAACGCAAUCUCGGUUCUUUCUUUAAAAGCUGAUAUGUAAUAAUGACAUCCGAAUCUUGUCGAAAUGGUACUGAGUGAUGUAAUGAAGCACUUCAAAAACUUAAAAAGAAGUAUGAUGUUGUUGUCAAUGUACAAGGGGAUGAACCACUCAUUGAACCUGAAAUUCUUGAUGGGAUUGUUAAAGCAUUGCAGGCUGCUCCUGCUGCAGUUGUUAGCACUGCUGUGACAGCCUUAGCACCCGAAGAUGCUUUUGAUCUGAAUCGUGUGAAAUGUGUGGUGGAUAUCACUUAUCAGUGGUUAUGCAAGUUAAUUGUCACGAGGAUUGAUUCCUUAUAACAAGUCAGUAUAAUUGCUAUGUUACACCUGGCACUCUGACUUCAGAUUAACCCUUUUGUUCUUUAACGUCUUGCUGGAUGUAUUUAGCUUUUGAAUGUAGGUCAGGGAAAGACACUCCGAAAUUUCCGUACAUGCUUCACCAUGGAAUUCAGAUACAAAGUUCCUCAAAUUAUAUUCAGAGCUCCUGCCGACCCCUCUGCAACUAGAUGAAGAUCUGGAACAAUUAAAAUUCCUGGAGAAUGGAUACAAGAUGAAGGUGAAGAUCUGGAACAAUUAAAAUUCCUGGAGAAUGGAUACAAGAUGAAGAUUCAGGAGCCAUGUGGUCGGGAUUACCCGCCAAAUAAACUUACUCGUGCUUCGAGAUGAAGCCUCUCAUUAAAAUCCUCGGCAGGCCCAUGAUCCAGCACCACAACUAUUAACUUCACCACGCUUCUUCUUCAAAUGGACAUACAGUAGUUUUUAAUGUCAUUAUCCGGAUGACCAGGCAGGUUUGCAAUAAGGCACAUACACGAAAUUUAAAUAAAUUUUAAAUUGUCAAAUCCAUUGACAUGGUAACAUAGAUUUAAAUAAAGAACAAAACAUUUCAACUGAAAUCCUUAACUAAUAUUUUUUUUAUAGCAAUACUUUAAGAAAAGUUACUACUUCUAAAAAAGUAUUUAAAUCCUGUUUGACAUUUUUAUUAUCGGCUUUGAUAUUGUGUCAUGAAACACAUACCAAUACAUUAUUCUUUUAAUUUUCCCAUUUUAAAGGCCAAGACAAAUGAGUAAAUAAAAGAGCCGUGACCGGUUGACAUUGAGAGUUUGAUGAUUGAUAAUUAUUUUAUCUUCCUCGGGGGUAAAAUUUUCCCGUUUGAUAUUAGGGCUAAGAUGAUUAACCCACCUCAAUCUGCAGCUCUUACCAUAUACAAGGUAAAUUACAAAAUUAAUCAAGAUAUAUAACCAAGUACAAACUCACCCAAAAUGAGAAUUAAAUUAAUAGCACUGUAUGGCGAAAACAAAGGACCUAUAUACCAACAAUUUUAGGAACGUCUGUCCAAUAGCAUGUAACAUGUUCUUGGACAUAAGACACCGGUUUGCUAUCUUCUUCAGGAUUGCAUGCUCCUUUCUUUUUCUCUUCCAUUCUCUCAGCUGACCUCCCUAUCUUUCUUUAUCCUUCUUUUGGACUAUAUAUGUAAGAGAUAUGAACAAACUCCAUAUAUGAGUUGCAUAGUGAGUUGGUAUUUAUAGAUAUAAACCAACUAUUUUACAUAUUCUUACAAAAGUAAGGAUUUUUUUCCCUCGGGUCGAGAUAUAUAUAUAUAUAGAUUAUUAUUCCUUGGUCCCAGACACAUGAAAACAAUAUUAGAUUCAAAUUAAUUGAUUUUUCUAGUAGAAGCCUAAGUUUUUUCUUGUCAAGCGUACAUUAUAUGGAAUAUAUUCUUGUACGAGUAAUGUACCUCUCAGGUAUGUACACCUCAAGAAAUUUUUUUGGUUUAUACUAGAAAAAUCAAUUAAUUUGAGUAUAAUAUUGUUUUCAUGUGUCUGGGACCAAGGAAUAAAAAUCUGUGAAUAUUAAAUAAUAUCUGGGCCCGAGGGGAAAAAAUCUUUACGUUUGUAAGAAUAUGUAAAAUAGUUUGUUUAUGUCUCUAAAUACCAACUCAAUAUUCAACUCAUUUCUACAGUUUUUUCCAUAUCUUUUACACAUAUAUAUAGUCAAACAGAAAUUGAAAGAAAGAUAAGGAGGUCAGUUAACAGAAUGGAAGAGACAAAGAAAGGAACGUGGACUUCUGAAGACGAAAGCAAGUUGGUGUUUAACGUCCAAGAACAUGGUACAUGCAAGUGGACGGCUGUUCCUAAAAUUGCUGGUAUUCAUGUUUUUUUUUUGCUAGAUUGUACUAUUAAUUUAUUUUUUAGUUGAGUUUGUAUUUGGUUAUAUAUCCUUAUUAAUUUUGUAAUUUGCCCAAUUAGUUUGUGUCGAAUUCCACGUUGUUUCAUUUGUUAAAACAAUUGUUUUCUCUUGACUAUUUUGUUGAGUAGUUAUUAAAAUCCCUAUUAUUGCAUUUUUAUAAAUCUUGUCAUAGUAGACAUGUGCAUAGUCUAAUCCACCAAUAGUGUCAACAUCUUCAUAAUGUUUAUAAUCUUUAAAAUUAUGUGUUCUUUCACCACCACAACUCUCAACUUCACCAAGCUUCUUCUUCAGUUGGACACAUGCUAGUAGUUUUUAUUGUCAUUAUCCGGAUGACCAGGCAGGUGUGCAGUAAUGGCAGCCUAUCUGCACAUACAUGAAAUUUAUAUAAAUUUUAAAGUGUCAAAUCCAUUGACACAGUAACAUAGAUUUAUAUAAAGAACAAAACAUUUCAACUGAAAUCCUUAACUAAUAUUUCUUAUAGUAGUACUUUUAGAAAAGUUAUUACUUUCAAAAAAGUAUUAAAAUCUUGUUUGACAUUUUUAUCAUGGGCUUUGAUAUUGUGUCAUUAAACACAUAGGCCAAUACAUUAUUCUUUUAAUUGUCCCAUUUUAAAGACCAAGACAAAUGAGUAAAUAUAAGAGUCCUGACUAGUUGCCAUUGAGAGUUUGAUGAUUGAUAAUUAUCUUAUCUUCCUGGGGCCCGGGGGUAAAAUUUCCCCGUUUGAUAGCAGGGCUAAGAUGAUUUACCAACCUCAAUAUGCAGCUCUUCCUAUAUGCAACCCUGGUAAAUUACAAAACUAGUGAGGAUAUAUAACCAAAUACAUUCUCCAAAAAUGAGAAAUAAAUUAAUAACACAAUUUAGCAAAGAAAAAGUACAUAUAUACUAGCAAUUUUAGGAACAUUUGUCGAAUUGCAUGUACCAUGUUCUUGGACGUAAGACACCAACUUGCUAUCUUUUUCAGGAGUUCACGCUCCUUUCUUUGUCUCUUCUGCUCUCAACUGACCUCCUUAUUUUUCUUUCUCCUUUUCGACUAUAUAUAUUUAAGAGAUAUGAAAAAAUUGCAGAAAUGAAUUGCAUGUUGAGUUGGUAUUUAUAGAUAUAAACCAACUAUUUUACAUAUUCUUACAAAAGUAAAGAUUUUUUUUCCCUCGGGCCUAGAUUUUAUAUAAUAUUUACAUAUUUUUAUUUGUUGGCCCUAGUUACAUGAAAACAGUAUUUAUAUUCAAAUUAAUUGAUUUUUCUAGUAGAAACCAAAGUUUAUUCUUGUCAAGCGUACAUUUUAUGGAAUAUAUUCUUGUACGAGUAAUGUACCUCGGGUAUGUACACUCGACAAGAAAAAACUUAAGUUUGUACUAGAAAUAUCAAUUAAUUUGAAUUUAAUAUUGUUUUCAUGUGUCUUGGCCAAGAAUAAAAAUUUGUUAUAAUUAAAUAAUAUCUAGGCCCGACGGAAAAAAAUCUUUACUUUUGUAAGAAUAUGUAAAAUAGUUGGUUUAUUUCUAUAAAUACCAACUUAAUAUGCAACUAAUUUCUGCACUUAAUAUGCAACUAAUUUCUGCAGUUUUUUUAUAACUUUUACAUACAUAUAGUCAAAAAGAAAUUGAAAGAGAAAUAAGGAGGUUAAUUGACAGAAUGAAAGAGAUAAAGGAAGGAACAUGAACUUCUGAAGUCGAGAGCAAGUUGGUGUUAUAUGUCCAAGAACAUAGUACAUGCAAUUGGAGAACCCUUCCUAAAAUUGCUGAGGUAAAAUAUCCUCGUUUGAUAUUAGGGCUAAGAUAAUUCACCCACCUCAAUCUGCAGUGUUAUCAUUCUUAUGCCCAGGAAUGGUAAGAACUACAGAUUAAGGUGGGUGAAUCAUCUCAGCCCUAAUAUCAAACGGGGAAAUUUUACCCCCAAGGAAAAUAAGAUAAUUAUCCGUCAUCAAACUCUCAAUGACAACCGAUGGUAUGCCAUUGUUGCACAAGUGCCUAGUAGGACGGAUAAUGACAUAAAAAACUACUGGCAUGUCCAUCUGGAAAAGAAGCUUGGUGAAGUUAAUAGUUGUGGUGUUGAAGGAACACAAAAUUUUGAAGACUUUAAACGUUAUGAUGAUAUUGCUACUAUUGAGUAUACAGAGAACAUGGGAACGUGCAAACUUGGCGACAACGCUGGACCAUGUUGCAGAGUCAGUGCUCUCCUGCAUUUCCACUUCUCCGAAUCAACCAGGACUAAUGGUGGUUUUAUCUAGGGUAGCAUACAAGUACAAGAAAUCAAAGUGGCCUGCUUUUCUUUGAGCAGUAGAACAUGACAUCAUCCGCUUUCCCUAGUUAUAAGGAACGGCAAUCCUUAUGGAGGAUUGAUUUAGAGAUCACAGUGGUUCUGAAUGGUUAGAAGUGAAUGAGGUGAUUGUAAGAGUUGCUACAAUGGUAGCCUUUGUCAUGCAAUUUCGCCUUCUUAGAGGGUCGAAGAAUCUUCCGCCAGAAUUCUUCUGUAACUUCUCUCAAUUUUCGCUCAGUAGGACGUAUCUAUGAAACAGAUCUUAAAGGUGUUUACAAGAUUGAUGCUGAGUUGAGAAUACGGGU